AUGGCUGGGACAACAAACACCCCAUCUUGUUAUAUUCGGAGGUUUGUUGAAUCUGAACGCCUCCAGAAAGUCUUGGAUUACGUCAAUGAAGUGAACUCCUUGUGUGCUGUAUUGGGUUUGGACUUCGCUAAAACUGUGAAUGAUGUGCAUCCUAGCUUGAAUGUAACAAGCAUGGAACAGUCCAGGAAUAUCAGCAACAGCAUAUUAGAGGGUCUAAACCAGUCCAUCAUGAGAAGAGAAGAUAAGUUCUUGAAGUUUACUUCCAUUCUUGACUUGACAGAUUCAGCAAUUAUGGAACCUGGUUCUCUUUCAAUGGAGAUUAUUGAACAGGUAUCAGUGGAGGUUGAGAGGCUAACUAAACUAAAAGCAAGCAGGAUGAAAGAACUUGUCACGAAGAAGAGGUCAGAGUUAGAGUAUAUAUGCUAUAAAAGCCACAUUCAACCUGAUUCAAGCAUGGCUUCCGAUAAAACUAAUACUCUAAUAGACUCUGGUCUUAUGAGUCCUUUCGAACUCUUGGCAAACAUCGAAGCACAAAUAGGAAAGGCAAAAAAUGAAGCUUUGAGCCGUAAAGAAAUAACAGAUAGGAUAUACCGAUGGCUUUCUGCUUGUGAUGAGGAAAAUUGGCUUGAAAAUUAUAAUCAAGAUGAGAACUGUUACAGUGCUGGAAGAGGCACACAUUUAAAGCUAAAGCGUGCAGAACGAGCUAGAAUUACCAUAAAUAAGAUUCCAGUAAUGGUUGAUAAUCUGAUUAGCAAGACACUAACAUGGGAGGAUGAGCAAAAGAAACUGUUUCUUUAUAAUGGUAUGCAUUUGAUUUCAAUUUUGGAGGAGUACAAGCUAACCAAACAACAAAAAGUAGAGGAGAAGAAGCGAGCUAGAGAUCAAAAGAAACUCUAUGAUAUGCUACUUUCUGAGAAAGAAGCCAUGUGUGGUUCUAAGCCAAGUCCUAGGAGAAGCACCAGCUUCAGAAAAACGAACGAAUACCUUCUCAGUGGAAAUGGAUCAGUGACUCCCUCAUCCCGUCAAAAGACAGUGGACAGUGCAACUCCAGAGCUCUCAACACCCCGCUCCUAUUCUGGGCGCCAAAAUAUGUACUUUAAGGAAAUGAAAAGGCUUUCUACUGCAUCCCUCAACUUUGUGGCCAUAGCAAAAGAAGAUUCCAUGUCAUUUUCGUCCAUUUGUUGUUCUGAGCCUGAGUCUUCACCUCAGAACCAUUAGUAUUCAACCUUUUUUUUUUUUCCUGCAUGAAUCAAAUCAAAGGGAAACAUGUGAAAAGAGCAGUGAAAAGCUUGUGAAUAUGUGGAAUAUGAAGUAGAAUGAUGUU